CAAUGUUCUUUCCGCUUUUUUUUGGAAGGGAUGCACCAUGCAGAUCGUGCAUUCGCCUGCAGGAACCACACAUUGGUCAAAGUGAAACACAUAAAUAAUAUAAAAGUUAAAUUGUUACAACUAUUAAAAAACGGUAGAAGUAACUGAUACUCCAUAGUUUUUAAUGUUGAGUAGUAAAAAAUACAAUUACAUUGAAUAACGUUAGGGUACUAAAAUUUAAGCUAAGCACAUAAAAUAAAAACCGAAAAAAAAAAAAAAAAACCCAAUUAACAUCUACAAGGACGACUAUAAAUAGUGAAUAUAAGGUUGGUAAUUAAAGCAAGCCUAUCUCUAAUUCUCUACCAUUAUCAUCAAACAACAAAACAAUGGAAGCCCUACCAAAAAUAUCACUUCUAGUUUAUUUUAUCUUCUUCUUUUUAUUUCUCAAACCUUCACAAUCUACUACACAUUGCAAUCCAAAUGACCUAAAAGUCCUCUUACAAAUCAAGAACUACUUCCACAAUGGACCAACCUUCUCAGAAUGGAACCCCAAAAUAGAUUGCUGUAACUGGAAUGACAUAAGUUGCAACGACGAUACCAACCCGGGCCGUGUUACGUCUCUCACCGUUGCUUACGGAAGUGACGUUAUCGGCCACAUCCCACCAAUGGUUGGAGAUCUUCCAUACCUCAUGUCACUUCGAUUCUUUCAGUUGCCUAACUUAACUGGUCCGAUUCCUAAAGCCAUCACUAAGCUCACUAAGGUUGAAGUACUCGAUCUUAGCUCGAACAAGCUCACCGGGCCUAUUCCAGAUUUCUUGAGCCAGAUUAUGAGCCUUCAGCUUGUUGAUUUAUCUGAUAAUCGCUUUACUGGCAAAAUCCCGUCCUCUUUGUCUACUCUCCCGAACUUAUUUGAGCUCGAUAUCUUCAGAAACAAACUUAUUGGUACAAUUCCAAAGAGCUUUGGAUCAUUCAAGAGUGCUCUAACUCUCCAAGUAUGGGGCAACAAAUUAUCAGGAACUAUCCCACGGUCGUUAGGCCACGCAAACUUGACGAUCUUAGACGUGUCCGAUAACAAAUUCACGGGGGAUGUGUCGUUUCUAUUCGCAAGAGAUAAACCUUUGGGCACUAUUGUACUUAGGAAUAAUAAGUUCAAGUUUGAUUUUACAAAUGUGGACUUGCCCCGAGGAUUGAAGGGCAUUGACAUGACUCGCAACAAGAUAUAUGGUUCACUUCCGAAACGACUAGGCCAGCUGCCCUUACAGUUCAUUGAUGUGAGCUACAACCAGCUGUGUGGCCGGAUCCCUACUGGCCGUCGAUUAAAGCGGUUUGAGCCCUUUCGUUUCUCCCACAACAAGUGUCUCUGUGGUGCUCCGUUACCUCCUUGCAAGUAAUUCAUGUGAUAAAAUAAAAUUAUGAGACUUAAACAAGCUAAGACUUAAGCUUGUAACAAGCUAUCGUUUGGAAGUUGGCUAAAGCUAUUCUUUUUUUUUUUAGGUAUUUCGAAUGAGUUCUAAAUUGUAUUUGUGUUGUUAGCCAUGUAAUUGCAAAACAUGCCUAAGAAGAUUGAGGAUAAGAUAAGAUUUAAUCAUUGGCACGUCAUAUGAAGGUUUACAUUUAUAUGAUAAUCAAGGUUGAAGAUGAA